UGAGGACUGCCUCAUCCUCCUUCUCCUCCUCAUUCUUCGUCCAGCCUUUCGUCGACCGAGCGCGGCCGAGCUGGGGGGGAAUCCGGGGAAAGGCAGCCGCGGCGCCGCGCACCGGCCGACGGACACCCCGCCGCGACGCGGCACCAACAUGCUCACCCGGGUCAAGUCCGCCGUGGUCGGGUUGAUGGGUGGAAUCAUGGGCGGCAGCAGCUCCGGGGGAAGCGGCAAUCCUGGUUGCGAGCUGCCUCUGAAAUUCCCAUAUAUGAGACCUGAGUUCCUCGGACUGUCCCCGGAUGAGAUCGAGUGCUCUGCUGACCACAUAGCUCGGCCCAUCCUGAUCCUGAAGGAAACCAGGAGAUUACCGUGGGCCACCGGAUACGCUGAGGUGAUUAAUGCUGGUAAAAGUGCGCUGAAUGAGGACCAGGCUUGCUGUGAGGUGGUUGUGGCAAGAAGGAGGCCAAUGAGCUACUGUCCUUCCUCCACGCCCAGCAAGACCCCCACCGCCAAGAGACGCAACUCUUUGCCCAACGGCGAGGGCCUGGGACUCCGGAUGGAGCACAGCAGACUAUGAGAGGAAAGCGAAGGACUUGUGUUUCACUACUGGGCUUUGUUCGAUGGUCACGCUGGUUCAGGUGCAGCAGUUGUUGCAUCCCGCUUGCUGCAGCACCACAUUGCCUGCCAGCUUCAGGCUGUCAUUGAGAUUUUGCGCAACAUGGCCUCCCCACCCCCCACCGUGCUGGGCGAGGAGCCAGACGAUACUCCCUACCUUCAGGGAAACACCCCUCACCGUGCCCUGACCCGGGCUGCUUCACUGCGCGGGGCCACGGGCACACCAGGCUCCCCUUGCAGCACCCCGCCUCCGCCACGCUUUUUUACAGAGAAGAAGAUCCAGCACGAGAGCCUGGUGAUAGGAGCCAUAGAGAACGCCUUCAAAGACAUGGAUGCCCAGAUCGAGAGGGAGAAGCAGGUUUACAACAUCACUGGAGGAUGCACGGCUCUCACUGUGGUUUACCUCUUAGGAAAACUGUUUGUUGGGAACGCAGGUGACAGCAGGGCUAUCAUCAUUAGAAACAAUGAGAUCAUCCCCAUGUCCACAGAGUUCACACCAGAGUCAGAAAGGCAGCGACUCCAGUUCCUGGGUUUCAUGCAGCCUCACCUGUUAGGAAAUGAGUUCACGCACCUGGAAUUCCCCCGGAGAGUUCAGAGGAAGGAGGUGGGCAAGAGGAUGCUCUACAGAGACUUCACCAUGAACGGAUGGGCUUACAAGACAAUUGAGGAUGAAGAUCUCAAGUUUCCUCUUAUAUACGGAGAAGGGAAAAAGGCGCGGGUGUUGGCCACCAUCGGUGUGACACGUGGACUCGGUGACCAUGACCUCAAAGUUCAUGACUCCAACAUCUACAUCAAGCCAUUCCUCUCCUGCUGCCCCGAGGUGAAGGUGUAUAACCUGACGCAUUAUGAGCACGGAGCUGACGAUGUCCUCGUGAUGGGAACUGAUGGUCUCUGGGAUGUCCUCUCCAACCAGGAAGUGGCUGAAGCCGUCACCACCUUUCUUGCUAACUGUGACCCUGACGACUUGCAUAGGUACACAAUGGCAGCACAGGAUUUGGUGAUGCGUGCUCGUGGUGUUCUGCGGGACAGGGGCUGGAGGAUCACCAAUGAGCGUCUGGGCUCCGGAGACGACAUCUCGGUCUUCAUCAUACCUCUCAUGUACGGCAACCGCCAGCCCUGAGGAGCGUUACAGAGAUGCUGCGGUUCAGUGAACAGAAGGGCCUGUAGACUCAGCAGGACUGAUCAGUCCUGAACCCAGAAUCCCCUUUUAGUCUUCUUAUUUAUUUGCUUCCUUAGAUGGAGGUGGAACAUUCAUUUGUUGGUGCUUCAUUUCUCUACAGGAGUUCAGGGGAACUACAGUCAGCAUCAUCGUGUUAAUUUAUUAAGACACUCCAAAGUCAUGAAAGCUUAAACAGUAGAUAAUUUAACUGAAAUCAUGUCCUGAAUCAACACAGAUAUAACUGGUAAAACUAAAAGAAGCAAAUGCUUUUCCGAAGUGAAGAAAAGCUUUCUCUCUUUCCUUCCUUCCUCUUACCUCUCCAGUUAUUCUCUAUUAUUCUGGGCUCCUCCUACUCCUCCUCCUCUUUAUUUAUUCCUCUUUCUUCUCUUGUAGGCUACCUUGUUUAUAAAUGGAAAAGAAAAAUACCUCCUUUGUCUUGUGAAAAUGGACCAAGCUGACAGGUCAGCUGCAUUUUCCGUUUUGCCACAGUGUGGCUUUAAAGGACUCACUUGCUGAAGAACUGUUUUCAAGUUUGCCGAAGAAAUUAAAGAAGUGUUGAUAUGGGCACAGAACAAGACAUGUGAUGUCCCCCAUUUAAGAAAAAGUCCAUAGGGGAUCUGAGCCUGUGUGGAUCAAGAGUUGAGAGAAGGUUUGAUGUGGUUGAUGAACCAACAUAACACAAAACAUCUGCACAGCAAAAAAAAAAAAUAAAUGAGUUCACUGUGACAAGUCAUUUAAUCCAAUAUGGAGUCUUCAUGUUUUUAUAAAUCAUUUUUACUUUACUAAAUGUUUUAUUAAUCUAUUUUCUUUAAUAGUAUUAGAUAUUUGACUUGUGCUAUUAAGGGGAGAUUCAAAAGGCUGACUCCACUAAUCUCUGUCCAUUAAAUAUGAAGCUAAACAUUGCACAGCUUAGCAUAAGGAAAGAUACAAAAUUCUUUUUGUCCAAGAUUUGGGAAAUUCUUUAAAUGUGGGUCUGACAUCUGUACUCUUUUGCUAACCUAAUGCUGCAGUCACACGAGGGAAAACAGUGGUUGGAGACUAGCACGACCCAAAUUAUCGUGACCGUGUCUAAUGAAUUUGCAAUCUUGUUGCCUUUUGAAAUGGUUGCUUUGAAGGUGGGGGACCAGAUCUGUGACCACUCGCAGUCACUUGCCAUAUUCUGGACUUUGGUGCAUCAAGUUCCAGCCAGAACCUCAGAUUUGAGACAGAUAGUCAGAGAUGUAUAACACACAGUGACGCAGUUGCUGCAGGACGGCGAUGUAACUGCAAAAGGCUCAGCAACCUUGCUUUUAUAUAGGAAUAUAACCAAAGCACAACUGGUUGGCAACCAGUUAAAUCCCCUAUUGCAAAGAGAUGCACCAUAGACAAGUUGCAUUCAUUGGUGCAGACUGACUCCUUCUGCUUUUAUAACUUAGACUACAAUUAUUUGCAAAACCUUCACCAAUUUGCCUGAGAGUGACUGCAAUCAGACUGCGAAUGUUUGAAGGCAGGUUUACCUCAAACCAGGCGACCUGUGAUUGAAAGUCACAGGGCGAUUGCACAAUCAGAGCGCUUAACCUCUGAGUGGUCAGCUGGUUGCCACAAUUACUUGCAAAUGUUUGCCGAAUGCGAAAAAAAUCCAAUGCUAUCACUGGACAAUCACCAUUUUUUUUUUCCUUCCCUAGUUGCAAUGAGGUUGCCACCCUAUUUUUACUCUCACAUGACUGAGCCAUAAGUCAUAAGUUGUGCCCAUCUCCUUAUAUAAGUCCUGGAAAAGUAAUAUUUUUUUUACAUAUUGUAAAAUCCUUAAAUCCUUUAAAAUUGAUGGAAUUCUCUUAGUUAUAAAUAACGGACUUCACAACAGAUUAAAUGACUUGUACACCAGUGCAGCUGCACUUUAGGCCAACCCAUAUAACUUACCGAAGACCCAUUGAAGGAUAAAGAAACAAAUAUUCCCUGCAGCAGGGAGGCGUAAAUGUCAUUCAUAGCGGUAGUUUUAAAAAACAUGAAAUACAAUCAAGGUUGAGUCUGAAAGUUUUGUUUUGCUUUUAAAUGUUUUGCAUGUUUCUUGUUUUAGAUGCUUCAUCAUAGCACAGAUGAUGAUGAUGCCUUCAGGGGGGACAGGUUUGGGGAAAAUGUGGUACCAUGAGUGGAUGUAGUGAAUUUACUGUGUGUCAAUGCAUGCAGUAGCAUAAUGUAAGCCUGGGAUUGUGAGCAAUGGUGCAAUGGUUCGAACUGCUGUUUGAUUUAUAUGGACUGAAUUUGUAUUUAUGUAAUGUAUCAGAACUGUUGACAAUGUUGUUUGUUAAUGUGCAACAAUCAUGCAUAUAUUUAUAAGGGUCAUUUUAUUUCCCUGAGAGCUCUUAGUAUUCCAGACAUUUGGCAUAAGACCCAAAGGAUGAGAAUAGCCAUGAAGGAAGGGAAUAAAAUCAAAUGAUACCAAUGAUUAUACAUAAAACCAAAUCAUGUUUUUUUUUUCCCUACAUUUUUUCAUUUUGAGUUUAUUCAGUGGACUUUAGAUAGAAGUGAUCAUGAGGGAGUUGCAGAAGAUAAAUAGUUUGCUAGUUUGCACUUCAGACAAUUAAAAGAAAGUACAUUUUUAUGGAGUUUCUGUGGAAGCUUGUUUCUACCACUGAAAGGAAAAAAGAAAAUCUCAAAAUUCCCACAUUAUGUAUCUCCAAAAUUUUGAUUUACUAAAUCUAAAUUUGAAAUUUUAAGAUGCCUAAGUCGAAAUUCUGAAAUACUAACUUAAAAUUUUGACUUAUGGACAGCAAAGAAAGAAAAAAAACUUCCUUAAGUUUCAUUCCAAGCUGUAGAAGGAGGAAAAAAAGCAAACGUGCAUAUUUUAGCAGAAUGCUGAAAACUAAAUACCAUCUUAAGUAAUUAAUUAACCCUAUAUUGUUAAAAUUUGGGAUAUGUUUUAGCUCAUAACCUUCUGGGCUAGCUGUUUCUAUGCUGUGCUGCAGCUUCAGAUUUACUCAUCAGACCCGAGUGUGGCAUCAGACCAAUCACUUCACACUCAGAACACAGAUACACAAAUUUCUCAAAAUGAUUUAAAGUCACGUCAUGUGUACAUGUGCUAGUUAUCAUGUUAGCUUGCACAGUGUUUGCAACUAAUGAGCUACAUUCUUCCUCCAAGAAGCAGUCAUUCAUGUUUACCUGAAGUUCAUAUGGUGCAUUUUCCCUCAUGUAUGUUUCAUAAAAGAAAUAUUUCAUUUUAAAAUGAUGUAAUAUAGUCCUUCAGUUGGAUAUUUGGCAUCUGUUAAUUUAUUAAUAAGUGGUUUAAUUUUUGUUUAUGCUUUACUUUUUUUGACUUAAUGUUUCUGAUGCUGCCACAUCAGAAACAUCUACCAGGCCCAUCAUUGUGUGCUGAAUGUUCAUCCUUAUACCUGUGCUUUAGACUUAUUAUUAUUAUUAUUAUUAUUAUGUCAUUAAGCCUUUUUCUCUUAGAUGAAUGUGGAAACAUGAGCGUAUAUUUUAUUUUUCUCAUCCUAUUGUGCCACCCAACCGCUUAACAUCAACUCAGGUUCAACUACCGUGUCGAUAAUGACCUGUUGAGAGUGGUUUUCUAAAGGCAGGGAGUCCUCUGAUGGUCUUGGUUGCACUGCACUUGUAAAUACAUGGGAGUGGAUUGGUGUGUACAGGAAGCUCUUAGACUUGAACAUCAAUGUAGUCCCUUCAGCCAGCUGUAGGUCUCACUUUCUGAACUUGAUGUAUUGUGAACCUUGUCAUUGCUGCUGCUGUUGUGUUUUUUUUUCCUACCUAAAGCUACUAAUGGUUAUAGAAAGAUGCAAAGAGCUGACUUUUUUUCUGUAGCAAAGAGGAAAUUUGAGGCCCGGUGGGAAACCAUUUUUAAGUGACCAUUGUGCUACCCUCAAACUCUGUUUGUGAAUGUGAAAUGGACAUUUUAUAUAAUGUGACAAUAACUUAUGAAGUCAAAAAGAAAUAUUUUUAAUGUUUCCUUGUGCAACUCUUGACUUUUUUGGGGGAGGGGGGAGCAAUGUUUCCCUUCAGUGUUUCUUUUCCAGAAAUUA